AUGAUGGCUUUAAUCGCCGAGGGACGCGACCAGCUGGAAGGCGAGCGGCUCGAAGAGGCCGUCGCCACAUACGAUGAGGCGGAGAGGCUGCUGCGGCGGCUGCACCAGCGGCUGUUGCACGGACGCGGCGUGGCCAAGUCGCUGCUACAGCUGCACGAGCCGGCUGUAGCGGACUUCGAGCAGGCAGUGAGCGCCAACCCCAGCAGCGCAGAGCUGCGGAAGGAGGUGAUUGUCCAGGCGACCCAAAACAUCGUAUCACGUGCUGCCCUGGCCUCUCCUCCCCCACAGGCAGUGAGCGCAAAUCCCAACAAUGCAGAGCUGUGGAUGGAGGCAGUGAGCGCCAAUCCCAACAAUGCAGAGCUGUGGAUGGAGGUGGGAGCAGAGCGGGAGGUUCUGGGGCAGCAUGAGAGGGCGUUGGAGGCAUUCAGCCGCGCCCUGGAGCUGCAGCCAGGGAAUACAGAGGCGGUCAAACGGCGAGGCCUGAGCACGUACAACUGCUUUCGCUUCAGGGACGCCUUGAAGGACCUGCUGCCCGCGCUGCACAUGCUGCCGAACGACGCCGACCUCAACCGCGCCGUGGGAUUCUCUUUGGUGCGCUCGAACCAGUUCCGACCGGCACAGCCAUACCUGGCUCGGGCGGUGGAGCUGCUCCCGGGGGAUGCGGAUCUGCGCAAGGAGAAGGGGCGCCUGCACCGCCUGCUGGGGGAGACCGACCACGCUGAGACGGACCUCCUGCUCUCGCUUGAACUCGGACAGUAUGUGCUCUGCCUGCUCUGCUUUUUUUUUAGCCGACUCAAAAAUAGACUCACCGCCUGCUGGGGGAGACAGACCACGCUGAGAGGGACCUUCUGCUCUCCCUCCAGCUGGGGCAGUGAGUACUCUUCUCUCCUCUGCUCCUCCCUCCCUUCCUCCCUGCCUCCUGCCUGCCCCCGCCUCUUCGCCUCUCUGCCUUCCUUCCCGAACCACCCUUUCGUUCAGAUUCCGUUUGUCUCCUGCCUUGUGCUUCUUGUGGGAGUGAUUCCCAUGGCAGACGCGGGGCUGAAGGCGUUCCCAGGCGAGCUGGAGAUCAUGCAUGCCAAGGCGUCCAGCUUGCACGUGCUGGGCGAACAUGCCGCUGCUAUGCGCCUGUACGACGAGCUGCUCUCAUCGCCUGUUCAACCGGAUGAGCAGACGUCAUACCGCGAGAGGACCUUCUUCCAGCGCCACCUGCUCGCCUACAUGGUGUCGCGCCUGGACCAGCCCUUCUCUGCUUUCCGCAUUGACGAUGACCUGGAUGAGGAGUGGCGGGGCAAGUGGGCCACGGGGGGGAAGCCAGAGGACCUGCAGGGCUUCGUGCCGCUGGCGAUUCCCGAGGACCAGUUGCAUGCUGCCACGUGGCAGCGCCUGCCACGCCUGUCUGGGGCGGCAGUGCAGCUGGUGGAAGCGGCGGACGUGGUUGGUGCUCGCACGCACUACAACACCGAUGGGAUGCUGCUCAACACCCAGCAGCUGCGCAUGGCAGGGCUGGCAGCGUUGGACGUGAUGCAGCAGCUGCGCAUGGCAGGGCUGGCAUCUCUGGACGUGAUGCAGCAGGUGAGGCGCACGCUGCUGCUGAUAGCGGAUCAGAUGCGCAUCGCCCCUCUGCUCUUUGGCACCCACGGGCCGGAUGGGCCCGAUGAGCAGUGGCAGGAGCAGCUGGAGCAUGCGCUUCAGGAGAGGCAGGGCGGGCAGCGCACGGGUCGCAGCCGACAAAGCAGCAGCGGUGGCGGCAGCGGUGGCGGCAGCGGGGGUGGGCGGAGUGCUUUGGACCGGUCUGACCUGGUGACGAGCUGGCGGCAUGUGUUCCGGGUGCUGGUGGCGUGGAGGCAAGUGUCAGAGGCCCAGGAGCCCAUUGCAUGGAAGGCGUUUGGGAAAGGGCAGCGCUGGCCGGCCGACAUGCUGUAUCGCACCGACACACCCAUCUUCACCUGGGUCAUGGGCACUGCGAGAUACCUCGCCGUCUACCCCAAGGCGGUGAACGUCACGCGGCAAGGCUUGCUGCGAUCAGAGAGGGCGUUUGACACCAACACCCACCAGUCUUUCGACGUGCCUCGCUCCACCUUCGGCGCCCAGUUGGAGGCAGCGGAGGAUCAAGAGGGGCUCGUCAACGUGAUUUCACCCCAUCACGUCCCCCUCCACCCCAGCCCUAAGGCAGUGCACUUAGACACGGUCACCACAGUCCACUUGGGGCGGUGGACUGGGUGGCUUCCCCGCUCUCCUCUCCCAUUUACAUCACACAACCAUCCCCCAUCACCUACCCCUGCCACCCCCGCUUCCCAUCCCAGUCCCUUGGCAGUGGACUUUGACACAGUGACCCCCAUCGACGCGGGGCGUCCCUUGGCAGUUGACUUUGACACGGUGACCCCCGUCGAUGCAACACGGUGGAACGCGUUUGACUCGGAGCUCACAGCGGCCUGGCAGGGAUUCAUGGAAGCAGCACUGGACCACCGCACCAAGGCCACGUCACCGCACGCGUACCGCCAGCGCAUACAGGAUCAGAUCAUCGCCAUUGCCUACUAUUGGUUCCAGCUCAUGCCGCUGUCCCGUGGGUUAGCCAUGGUGGUGUUCAUCAAGUUUUGA